AUGGCCGUGCUGAACGAGCAUAACCUCCGUGCAGCCACCUUCAACUCCCACGUCCGGGAGCUGACUCAACGGACCGCCGACUUGUCUGAAAGCCGAAAGGCUAACACCGCCCUGCAGCAGCAACUAGGUCAGGCCCAAACCGCGUUGCGCUCCAAGGAGGCGGAGUGCAACACGGUGGCCCAGGAACGCUACCGCCUGGCCAAGCAGCUGGCUGACCAGGAGAAGCGUCACCAGGCAGCCCUCCAUGCGGUGAAGGAUAGCGAGACCGCCCUUCAAGGCGAGUACAAGACCCAGGCGGCGAACUGGGUCGAGUCUGAGCGAGCGCUGAGUGACGGCUACGGCCAGGUUGAGGACAUGGUCGACGAGUACUUCCCUGGCUACUCCGUCGCUGCCAGCCAAGCCAUCGAGGCCCACCACCAAGCGCGGAGGCACGCUGGCUGUCCCAUCCAUCCUCCCUUGCCCAGUCGGUCACCGCCACUCUCUUCCUUGGGAUCGCUCCCGAUCCAAAAAUCCACCGGGCCAACCACCUCCUCCCCUCGAUCCUCCCAGAUCCACCUCUUCAACCAGCCUCCAACCACUUCCCUGGAUUUCCAUGCCGCCCAAAUCGCAGCAGCCAACCACCAUCCUCGUCCUGAUCCAGGAGGAGACGAGCUCCUCCCGUGUGCGCCUCCACUCGACCCUGUCGCCCUCUGCCUUCGUCCUGCACUGCCACCAGUAGCAGUGCCCCGAUCUCCAGGUCACCUUGAUGCCACCAGGAACCAGCGUCCCGCUGUCGGAUCCAUCAAGUCCUCGACCCGCUCGACCUCCAAGGUGCCAUGGACGACCACCCCGCCGCUGUGUCGUGCUUCCUCCCGCGAUCAAGCAACCCAUCCUCGUCGCCACCUCGACCGCCCCUCUCGUCCUCGAGCUCCUCAUCAGUGUCCCUCCCCAGAGACGAGAGCCUCCAGCAGGACCCCGCAGGCCGCGCCCUCCGGCGACCCCGCCGCCGGCGACCACGACCAGGACCGGCCUUGUCCCGCUCCUCUCCUCCCCUGUCUCUUCCUUCCUCCCCGUGCUUCUCUCUCACAUCUCUCUCACACAGGAAACCACCAUAGCCGCCGCCCGUUCGUCACCCCUCGUCGGAUCCGCGACACCUACCUCGACCUGCUCCCUUCCCGGCCAGAUCCGCCGCCGACCCGCAUCGCCAGCCGUCGUCCCUGCCGCCAAGUCGACGCCGUGGCCUCUGCAUCCUCUACAUCGAGCAGGUGCUCGCCUGCGUGUCCCGCUCGAGUCUCUCUGCUCGUUGACCACACGCUCGUCCAGCGCCUUGCUUGGAACACGUUGCGAGGCCCAGCAGCCCCCCCUGCCGGCCACACCUCUCCACCGACCAGGGCAAGGCCCACUGGCUUCCGUUUCAUUCCGGAGUUGUGAGGAUUCAUUCGACUACGACCGUUUGUCUUCUU